AAUAGAAGAAUAGAGGGGUUGAGCCAGACAAGUUGAGGCCGUUAUCUUGCCGCGAAACGCAUUCCCUGGUUCCCCAGUCACCACAUCACAGGCCCACCCUUUUCUCUCCUAGUCAAGUAGCACCACACCUACAAUGUCUUCAAUCUCAGCCGUCCGGUCUCCACCGCGGCCUUCGUCCUCACCCGUCGGAAAAUCUUCAACCCCGAUACGUCGUUUCGUGCUAACCUUCCCUUCUAUGCGCCAGAGACGCCGCGGACCCCAAUCUCUUCUUCUUCCUGAAGCGGAGAAGUUUUCUGAUUCAGGUGCAGGCGGUGGAAGCAUUCUUAUCGAGCGAAGAAGUGUUGUGUUUUCAUCGAUUGGCAUGGUGGCUGCAGCUUUCUGUAAUGCUUCAAAGGACGUAAUUGCCCUCGCGUCUCAGUUUACUGACAUGCCAGCACUUAGGGGGAAGGACUAUGGCAAGUCGAAAAUGAGUUAUCCGGACUAUACGGAAACUGAAUCAGGUCUUCAGUACAAGGACUUGCGAGUAGGAGAUGGCCCCAAACCGAAGGUGGGAGAGACCGUUGUGGUUGAUUGGGAUGGAUACACCAUAGGAUAUUAUGGACGUAUCUUUGAAGCUCGAAAUAAAACAAAGGGCGGUUCAUUUGAGGGUGAUGACAAGGCCUUUUUCAAAUUCAGGGUAGGAUCUCAAGAGGUAAUACCAGCUUUUGAGGAAGCCAUUACAGGCAUGGCUCUUGGAGGCAUUAGAAGGAUCAUAGUGCCCCCGGAAUUGGGAUAUCCAGACAAUGACUACAACAAGAGUGGCCCAAGGCCGACAACAUUUUCGGGCCAACGAGCUUUGGAUUUCGUGCUGAGGAACCAAGGGCUGAUAGACAAAACUCUUCUGUUCGAUAUUGAGCUCAUCAAGAUCAUACCAAACUGAUCUCCUUUCAAAUUCAACGUUUCUCACAGGAAAUCGAUUAGCUGUUAAAACAAAUACGGCUUAUUUAUCGUAGAGUUUCUUACUCCGGAUGUCAGAAAUAUCGAUUAGCUGAGAAAGUCGACAGAUUACCCUAAAUACCAUCAAAUUUGAGGUAGAAACUUUAUUUCUGCGAAGUAGAAGAGUUCACAAUUAUUUGAUAAGCUUUUUGUAAAAUUAACUUUUCAUGCAGUAUAUCUGUAUAGUGAAGGAUUACAUUGUAUAAUUUAAGCUGGAUUUGUGCAUUAAUUUCUUGUA